GAAAGAGCCAGCCUGGAGGGUCCCCGGCUCAUCUUCCCACUCCCUGAACCCCUCGUGUGUGCGUUCAUCUGUUCUUCCCCGACAUCCCUGACAGGGUCUUCACGAUCCACUUCACAUUCGUUUUAGGAUCUCCCUCUCACUGCCUUCUUCUCCUUCUUCUCUCAGCUGUGUGGCAUCUUCCAGGCGCUGCCCGGUAAUAGGAGCAGUGCGAGGCCCAACUCUUUGUCACACCUGUUGUUGUGGAGACCGGGUCGGGGGCCCGCCCAUCUUAUUUACCUUACAACGAACCUCUUCUGACCAGGCGAUCGCCGGUGACAUUAUCCUCCUCGUCGCUUCUGGUUCAAGGAACUUUUCGAAGACAAAAUGGGGUUCGGCGACUUCGAUUCAAUUUGUGAGAAGGCACCAUUGCCUCUGUGCUCCUUGGUGGGCCCUCCAUCCUCGAUAUCCGGCUUAACAGGCAUCAUUCCCAACUGCUAUGCGCGCAACAUCGAAUUAGCCAAUACCAUCAUUUUUGAGGGCGCCGCUUCUUUUGUCCAUAUUAUCGCCCUUGGUAUGACGGUGAUCAUGAUCUUGCACAUUCGGUCGAAGUUCACUGCUGUCGGCCGCAAGGAAAUCUUGACCUUCUUCUACAUCUACCUGCUCUUGACUAUGUGCUCUUUGAUUCUGGAUGCAGGCGUGACCCCCCCAGGAAGUAGCUCGUUUCCCUACUUUACUGCUGUGCAAAACGGCCUGGCCUCGGCACUCUGUACCUCGUUGCUCAUCAACGGCUUUGUAGGGUUCCAGCUCUAUGAAGAUGGCACCACUCUAUCUGUCUGGCUCGUGCGACUCAGUUCGGCGGCCAUGUUUGUCGUCUCCUUCCUUGUCUCCCUCGCGACCUUCAAGUCGUGGGGCAGCCUCGGUCCUACUAACACCAUCGGCAUGUUUGUUGUGCUGUACCUUGUGAAUGCCAUCUUCAUCGUGAUUUACCUGGUCAUGCAGCUAUUGCUUGUCCUCAACACCCUCGAGGACCGCUGGCCGUUGGGCCAUAUCGCUUUCGGUCUUGUGGUUUUCAUCUGCGGGCAGGUCCUUCUCUAUGCGUUCAGCGAUGCAAUUUGCGACAAUGUACAGCACUAUAUGGAUGGACUCUUCUUCGCAACCCUUUGCAAUCUCUUAGCGGUCAUGAUGGUGUACAAGUUCUGGGACUAUAUCACGAAAGAGGACCUCGAGUUCUCUGUUGGAAUCAAGCCCAACACAUGGGAGGUCAAGGAGCUCCUUCCCGAAGAGGAUCGCCGGCAGACGAUCUACGCCGAUGCUGAUUCGGAAUAUGCGGGGAGCAUGUACCAUCACCGAGCAUCAACCUAUCACGGCCACAAUUAUUAA